AUACAGACCGCUUCUUUCGGUACCCGGAGAACGUAGCUUAUCAGGACGGUAAACUAACAUUGCAGGCCCGCUCAAGAGUCUUCACUAGACUAUCUGAGUGUUGUGUAUAGAAAAGAGCGAGCAUAGAAACAUUCGUUGUUUGUAUAAUCCGUCCAAACAUCUAGAGAAAUUGUUUGUGUAUCAUAGACGCCGCACUUCAAUACACUUUUACUUUACUUCUUUUUAACAGUAUUCGGAGUUUAUCUAAAUGUUUAUGAAUUUGCUUGUCGCAUUACAGUUUAGAUUUGCUUUCUCGUGUUGUUGAUACUCGCGCGUUGAUAAAUAAAAACGAAAAUGGUAAAAAUACAGGAACUGUACAACAGUCCAGUACCGACACGGGACCCCUCGCAGUACCAUGGAGUGCUCCAUCAAAGCAUCAACAUCCAGCAACACCUCACUCAUCUACACCUUCACGCGUCUUUACCUUCCCUGCAGGGAUCCACAGGAUCCAACCCAGGCCUACCAUCCACCAACUACGAGCGACCUCAGCCAGACUCGAUCAUUGUCGAACCCACGUCAGCAUCCUCUCAGCUCACCAAGAAUGGCUCUCCCCGGAAACCAGCAACCCGAAGACCCGAAAAGCCGCGAUACUCGUACAUUGCUCUCAUCACAAUGGCCAUUCAAAGCUCCGACACCAAACAGAUGAGACUCAGUGAGAUCUAUGAUUACCUGCAGCAGCGAUUCGAGUUCUUCCGCGGAGCCUACACUGGCUGGAAGAAUUCCGUGCGACAUAACCUCAGUCUCAACGACUGUUUUAUCAAGGUGGAUAAGUCGGUAUCACGGCCGUCGAAAGGCCACUACUGGAGACUGCGCCACGACUGCAACAUCCUGGAAAACGGCUCGUUCCAGCGCAGACGUCGCGGCACCGGUCGCAAAAAGCCCCCUGCGGGCCCCCCGGGGGGCGUCCAGAAGGGGGUGCUGCCAAUGCAGCUCUUCCCCUGCAGCGUGGACCCCGCUGAUCGCAUCAGCUCCUCGCCCUCCACCGCCAUCUUGGACUAUCAACACCCGCACCCGCAUUCACAUCACCAUCACCAUCAUCAUCAGCAGCAGCAGGCGCUCUAUCAGCACCUACCGACCGCCAGUGGCGGCUAUCAAGUAUUUCAGAGCCCUUACGAGCAACUGCACCAAUACUCUACUGCAGGCUACCCAGAUCCCACAGCACAGCUGUCUUUGCAAUGGUCCGCCGCCGAAAACAAUUUCGACUGCCUGGCAGCCUACAAUAACGCGGCCUACAACAAUUCCAACAGCACCUCACCACCUGACACCAUGGACAAUGGUUUCAGGGAGAGAAAGCCGUUUGCACCCCUCACGCCUUCUCCCCCUCCCUUAACGCCCGCUUUUGCAGUUGCUGCCACUUAUGGCAGAGGUCAAAUGAAUCCAAGCAUUCAACAGUACGAGAUGAUCAAGGAUUACAAGGAUUACCAUUGAUCAAGCAGAAAAAACUGUCUUCAAAUGUGAAACUUUUUAGAGUAAGAUUUAAGUAACGUUCAAAUAGAAACUAUUAAGAUAUAAGAAUUAAACUAAAAUUUAGGAACAUUUUUAUAUGAAAGUGCAGGAUUCAAUGCUGUUCAACAAAUACAAAACAAACGGUUUAGUGGUGUAGGAAUGAUUUUUGGAAAUUUGUAUCUUCUACAAAAAAUUGUGAUUUACUGUAGUUAGUAUGUUACAUACAGAAUAUCUAUAUCAAACGACGUUAAAUUUCAAAUUAAUGUAUACCUACAUAAAUGAUGACUACAUAUAAAUUAAUAUAGUGGAAAAAUUUUUUUCAACGGUUACCGCAACUACAAUCAAUAUAUAAUUUGAAAGUCGAAAUCUGAAUUUGACUGAAUCCAAUCGCCUUCCACUCAAUUUA